CAGCUUAUUAGAUCAGGCUCGAAACCCCAGUAAACAUAAUAAGGUCUUUCUUUGGUUCUAACAGCCUGUGAAACUUUCCUGGCCAAUUCUUUCCAAGUUCUGAAGCUUUGACCAAAUGGGACCAAGGCUUACACUUAUUCCACAGGAAGAGAAAGGUACUACUAACAAAGAGACUAAAUCAAACCAGGGGAAAAGUGUGUAUUGGGAAAAUGUAUUCCUGCACUGGAGGGGCUGUAUGUAUCUCUCUGUAUGAGAUAUACAUAUAUAUAAAAGAAACACUUAUAGAGACCAGAGCUGGUGGACAGGUGAAGAUGAAGGAGCUGCUACAGCCUUUCCCUCUCUGUAUUACAUCCUUCUCUCUCUGAACUCAUGGAGAGCAGUUCCUUCAAAAUCUGAAGCAGGAUCACCCUGAUCUUUAUUAAAGAAUCAAAGAAUCACAGAACAUUCUGAAGUGGAAGGGACCCACAAGGAUCAUCGAGUCCAAAUCCUGGCCCUGCACUCCCCAAGAGUCACACCUUGUGCCCUACAGUAUUAUCCAAAUGCUUCUUGAACUUUGUUGGGCUCGGUGCUGUGACCACUUUUCUGGGGAGCCCGUUCCAGUGUCCAAACAUCCCUCAACCAUCCCUUUUCCUGAUAUCCAACCUAAACCUCCCCUGACACAGCUUCAGGCUGUUUCCUCGGGUCCUGCCACUGGUCAGGAAAAUGAAGAGCUCAGUGCCUGCCCGCCCCCCCCCGCUUCCCUUCACCAGGAAGCUGUAACUGCAACGGGGUCUCGCCUCAGUUUCCUCUUUGCCAGGCUGAACAGACCAAGUGACUUCAGCCACUCCUCACGGCUUCCCCUCAAGAAGGGGGUAGAUAAUUCCGGUGGAGAUUGCACUAACUGAGGGGACAGGGUCAUGGUAUUUUGUCAGGAGCUGCUCUGCCUGCUUCUGCUUCCCGCUGAAGAUCAACCCUUUUCUGCGCCAAGAACCGGGAAAAGUCUGUUUCUCACACACCCCGCCGAGCACAAAGAUAAACCAGCCUUCCCCCGGGAAUCUGCGGGGGCCGGAGAGAGGGAAGCGCCGCCAGGCUCUUGCCUCGCCCCCAGCCGGCCCCCGCCCCUCCACGCAUGCGCGCGGGGCGCCCCCUGGCGGGCGGCGGGCGCUCCGCCGGACCCGCCGCGGCGGCAGGGGCAGCGCAGGAGUUUUUGAAGAUUGAUGCAGUGAGAGAGGCAACAACCAAUGGCUUCCGAAUCCAUGGUCCCUGAGCAGGCAAAACAACAUCUGAUAAAGGGAAAAAGGCGGCAGCAGCAGCAAACUCAGCCUUCCAUCAGUGAUGAAGAUGUCUUCGUGUUUGAGGCAAACGAGGCUUGGAAGGAUUUUCACGGCUCUCUUCUUCACUUCUUUGAAGCUGGAGAGCUCUGUGAUGUUACGCUGAAGGUUGGUUCAAAGCUAAUCUCCUGCCACAAACUGGUGCUAGCUUGCGUUAUCCCGUACUUCCGAGCCAUGUUUCUUUCGGAAAUGGCUGAAGCCAAGCAGAAGCUGAUUGAGAUCAAGGACUUCGAUGGCGAUGCCAUCGAGGACCUAGUGAAGUUCGCGUACUCCUCGCGGCUCACGCUGACAGUGGAUAACGUGCAGCCCCUCCUGUAUGCCGCCUGCAUCCUGCAGGUAGAGCUGGUGGCAAAGGCCUGCUGUGAGUACAUGAAGCUGCACUUCCACCCUUCCAACUGCCUGGCAAUCAGGGCGUUUGCCGAGAGCCACAACCGCAUCGACCUGAUGGACAUGGCUGAUCAGUUUGCUUGUGAACAUUUCACAGAAGUGAUGGAGUGUGAGGACUUUGUGAAUGUGUCACCACAGCACCUCCAUAAACUCCUAUCCUCCAGUGACCUGAAUAUUGAAAAUGAAAAGCAAGUUUACAAUGCUGCUAUCAAGUGGCUGCUGGCCAAUCCACAGCAUCAUGCUAUGUGGCUGGAUGAGAUCCUUGCACAGGUACGGCUGCCUCUCUUGCCCAUUUGUUUCCUUAUGGGUGUUGUGGCAAAGGAAGAGAUUGUCAAGCAGAAUCUAAAAUGUAGGGAUUUGCUGGAUGAAGCAAAGAACUACCACCUUCACCUGAGCUGCAGGGCAGUGCCUGACUUUGAGUACUCCAUUCGCACAACACCAAGGAAGCAGACUGCUGGUGUGCUGUUCUGUGUCGGUGGCAGAGGUGGAUCAGGGGACCCCUUCCGCAGCAUUGAGUGUUACUCCAUCAGUAGGAACAGCUGGUUCUUCGGCCCUGAAAUGAGCAGCAGGAGGAGGCAUGUGGGUGUGAUCUCUGUGGGAGGUAAAGUCUACGCUGUAGGUGGACAUGAUGGAAAUGAACACUUAGGAAGCAUGGAAGUAUUUGAUCCUCUCACGAACAAGUGGAUGAUGAAGGCAUCAAUGAACACAAAGAGGAGAGGCAUCGCCCUGGCGUCCCUGGGCGGCCCCAUUUAUGCCAUUGGGGGCUUGGAUGACAACACGUGCUUCAGUGACGUGGAGCGCUAUGACAUUGACUCAGAUCGCUGGAGCACCGUGGCUUCCAUGAACACUCCCCGGGGAGGCGUCGGCUCCGUAGCCCUGGUGAACCAUGUUUACGCCGUGGGUGGCAAUGAUGGUGUAGCAUCUCUUUCAAGUGUGGAAAAAUAUGAUCCCCACUUGGAUAAGUGGAUAGCAGUAAAAGAGAUGGGUCAGCGAAGGGCUGGGAACGGUGUCAGUGAGCUCCACGGCUGCUUGUAUGUUGUGGGUGGGUUUGAUGACAACUCGCCCCUGAGCUCAGUGGAACGGUUUGACCCACGCUGUAACAAAUGGGAAUACGUGGCAGAGCUCACAACUCCAAGGGGUGGUGUUGGCAUAGCAACACUGAUGGGAAAAAUUUUUGCAGUUGGAGGUCAUAAUGGCAACGUGUACCUGAAUACAGUGGAAGCAUUUGAUCCCAUAGUGAACAGGUGGGAACUCGUGGGCUCAGUGUCACACUGCAGGGCAGGGGCGGGCGUGGCCGUGUGCUCCUGUCUCAGCAGCCAGAUCCGGGAUGUGGGCCAAGGAUCCAGCAACGUUGUGGAUUGCAUGUGAGCUCUGCCGCCUCCUCCAAAUUCCAAAGGAAUGCUACAAGGGAGGCACCACAGAGCUUCUAAACACUGUGUUUUGUAUGCUAGGUAAAGGAAUAAAUCCAGUACAUUUUCUUUGUGAAAAUGGUAUUUUCUGCAACUGUAAAGCUUUUGGUGGCUUUCUAUCAAUAGUCAUACAGAAAAGCAUGUGGAAACAUGGAAUAAAAGUGUGACUCACAGGAACAAACCUGCCAAGAUCUGCAAUCAUCCCAUUUUUGAGAAGCUGCAAUUUCAAAAUACUUUGAGGCAGCUGUUGCAAGGACUCCAUAUUGAACUGUAAAUCAGGCAUGUGGUAAGGAGAGCAGCAGCAGCUACUGCUGCUGAGCUUCCCCCAACAGCUCUGCUAUGUGUUCUCUGGAGGACUCAAGUGCCAUUUCAUUUAACUUAUUCUGGAAUGGAGUUUUAAACGUUUCCUAAUUGUACAAGAGCUUUGUAACAGAAGGCAUCUCUAAUUUUAGAGGUAACGACAUCUCUGAUGUACCCCGAGAUAACUGAGGCAGAGAAGUUCACUUCUUACCUCCCAAGGGAAUGCUGGCAGCAUUGAAAAUGGCAGGGAUUCUGUCUGAAAACUGUCUUUCAAAGUACUUUCUCAAGCUAAUAAGCUUGUUAGAAAGCUACAAAGAUUCUUGACCUGAGUUUAGCCACUGGAAUACUGCCAUUCUCUAGUGUUCCAUAAAAUUUGUAGUUACUACCCCCUUUCCAAAGGAGAGUUUCUGUUGGGAGGUCCUGAAGUAACCAGUACAAUUUGUCGUAUUUUGAGAUGAUAGUGUGUAAAAAUGUCGGCUUCAGUGGUGUUUUGAAUCACCAUUUUUACAGAAAAUGGAAAUGCAUAAUAAAAUUUGUGGUAUUCUGUAAAACUUUUUAAGUGCAAUGCUAGAAGACUCAACUGAUUUCAGUAUCCAGUAGCAGCUCUGGUAACGUUCUCAAGUUACUUGCUCUUUUAAGGGAGCAGAUAAAUGACCUCAAAACCUUAAAUGAACCAAAGAGAGUCAGCAAGAAAGAUAAUUUGGAAUAAACCAGUACUUCCAUCAAAAAUUGAGAUGGCAACAUAACAGCCCUGCACACAAAGAUGUCUUGUUACACCAUUACAAACCCUGAAUCCCAGGUAAAGUCCUGCAGGAAAGACUGCAGAUUCCUGUUCCUGCAUCACCUUGAACAGAUUGACAACUGACAAUCCUUUGUGACCAAAGUUUCACAAUUACCAGGUUGUUCCAAAUGCCCAGGGAGAGCAGCAAACUUCUCUGUAUUCAGGACCUGGAAGAACAGGAAGGACAGCCGGAGUGAGGAGGCACAGUCAUGUUUUUCUGCUAAGUUACUAUCAUUUGGCUUUCCUGCCCAAAAUAGCUUUGCACUUUGGUGCUUUUUGCACCCAGGGACAAAGGGAAUGGUACUGUAAAUAAUGAAAUAUUGCAAUAAAACAUUUGUACUUCAAA